AUGGCACAGGGAGGACAAGGAGGAGGGUUUCCCACAAGGGAGCUGGGAGAGAAGGGAUUUUGGGGGUUCUCAGGUUUCCGUGUGGAGGUGGUAUAUUUUGAGAACAGGAUGGAUCCUAGAAAUAGCAAUGCACACGUUGGUGGUAGUAGCCAUGCAGGGCCUUCCAGUAUGGGUGGCAAUAACUCUGACCAGGUGUUGCACAGUGUGGCACAACAAGCUAUGACAGAAAUUACCCAAAACAGUAGAGAACAGGGUUAUCCAUUAGAUGAUCAGGGUUGUACGAUCCAGCAGUUCACUAACCUGAGUCCUCCAACGUUCUUGGGGGGAACCAACCCUGUAGUUACUGAAAACUGGAUGCAAAAAAUUAAGAAAACAGUGACGGUGUUGCACUACACUGAUGAACAGAGGGUCCUCUUUACUACAUAUAAGUUGAUGGGUGAGGCUGAAAGAUGGUGGACAACCGUGAAGUUGUUAGAGGAACAAAGACAUGUACUAGUAGUCAUGACUUGGAGCCAAUUCAAGGAGAUAUUCUUUGACCGAUAUUUCCCUACCACUAUUAAAGAAACCAAGGUAGAGGAAUUCUUAAAUCUGACGCACCUGACAGUUCAGCAAUAUGCGGCGAAAUUUAUUGAGCUAUCGUGUUUUGCUUCGUAUAUUGUUCCAGAAGAGGCUAAGAAGGAAAGGAAGUUUGAGAGGGGUUUGAGGCAGGCAGACAGAGGGGUACUGGGAUAUAGAGCCAGAGAAAAAGGCCCACGCCUCCUGGGUUUUAGGAAGGUACUAGUCGGAGCCCAUGGAGAGGAGAUUGGUAUGGAAGAGGACAGAGGAAAAUUACGAGAAACCAUGGAUAUCAGGGUGAGCAAACUGGUCCUAUCUGCCCUAGAUAUGGCAAGAGGCACAUGGGAGAUUGUUGGGUAG